CAGAGAGAGGACAUCUAUAAUAUUAAACCCUAUAUCAGGCAGGACUAUGGCGUCAAAGUUUGAAUCCUCCAUUCAGAGGGGCUGUGAUUUCAUCCAUGAUUUUGCCUGUUCACCGUGCGAAGAAGAUGGACUGAACACGGAAGCUCAACACUUCUGUAAUCUGUGUACGAAAUAUUACUGCGACAUUUGUGUUACAAAACAUAAUGGCUUAUACAAGAGACACUCGGUACUCGACCGGAAGGACGUUAAGAAAUGGGCAGCACCACCAGGGAUGGUGGACGUCCUUGAGAGAUGCGAGAGGCACCCCGGGGAGGCAUUGAAGCUGGUCUGUGGUGACCAUGACCAGCUGUGUUGCCAUGUGUGCGUUGCCGUGGAUCAUAGAAACUGUUCAUCAAUACAGCACAUUCCAGACGUUGCAAAGGGCAUACGCAAAGAUCCCGAGUUUCGUCAACUACCUCAACGUGUAGCUGUUCUUAGGAAGCAGAUAGAAGAUAUGAUCAACGACAGAAAGAAAAAUAGUGCCUCACUGAGGAAGACUCGAACAACCAUUGUUGAUGAAAUCAAAGCAACUCGUAAAAAGAUCAACGACAUUCUUGACAAGAUGGUGAAAACAACCGUUCAUGAUUUAGACCGUCUGGUUGCUGAUCAGGAACUGUCCAUUCAAAAAGAUAUGGAAUCAUGCACACAGAUGGACGACGAAUUAAAGAACAUCAUAUAUGACAUACAAAGCAAAGACUCAUCAGGCGAACCACCCCUAUACAUUGGGUUCAGAAAAUGUGAAGAAAUAAUCAAACAAGCAAACGAACUACUGCAAAACAUGUCAAGUGUUGUCAAAUACGAAAUAACCUUUCGUAAACAUAAUGAAAUAGAAGAUAACUUGUGCUCGGUGACGACCUUCGGAGAGUUAAAUGAUUCGAAUGUUUUUUGUAAGCAACCACGUACAUCGCUAUUCCCCCGAGAUCAUGUAUUUGCUACCAAUGGUUACAAGAAGUACAACGUCAAGAUUAGUUCAGACAAAGGUAAAUGUGAUAUUCGAGGGAUAUGUGAGCUGCCUGGUGGAGAGAUUAUUAUUACAGACUACAACAACAUGACAGUGAAACUCCUGGACCAGGAGUACAGGGUUGUCAAUCACUGUGAUGUUCCCAAGUAUCCAUUUGACAUGUGCCACAUUGGCGGAAAUGAGGUUGCCGUUUGUGUUAACAAUAACGACAAUAGAUGCGAACUUCAUGUCAUUAACAUUACAAAAGGAAAACUUGUGACUACGAGAAAAUUAAGUUUAUUCCAUAGAUGUUUCAGCGCAGCUCAUCACGGGAACAACCUUUACAUUUCAUCAAACACCGCGCUGUACGUCUAUACCAUGACGGGGAAGCUGAUAGAGAAGCUCUAUGAGGACAAGUCGGUGAUGAGAAUUGCCAUCAGUAACGACGGGAAGACUAUCUACACCACAAACCUCUCAAAAAAUCAACUUAUCACCCUGGACAACCUCGGCAACAAGCUGGCCACAUUCACUGAUCCUGACUUGUUGGGAUCUUGGGGAGUACACGUGACAACUGCUGGACACGUGUUCGUCUGCUGCUAUAACUCCAACACAGUGCUGCAGGUUGACAAGGACGGGAAGACGAAGUUGGCCACACUGGCAAGAAGACAAGACGGAGUGUACACACCUCAAGCUGUGUUCUUCAGCAGCCGUACUUCCUCCAUGGUUGUCGGAGGAUGGAAAGACACGCUCCGCGUCAUCAAUGUUCGAUAGAUAAAUAACAACCCUAGAUCCACUUACAAGUGACAAAAAAGACAAUUGUUAAUUGAAUAUAUAUGUUAUUGUUUUUUACUUUAACCGUGUAAGUAAUAACACAGACCAAGAUUGUUUACUAUUAAACAUAAUUCAUAUUUGCUUAAACAUACAUGUACAAUUAUAUCUGGCGUAUACUAUUUGCUUUUUUUUUACAUAGCUAUAAUGUUUUUCUUUAUCGUGCGCAUGUUAUUCAACUAAAUGACUGUUUCCUUUAUAAUGUUAUUUGCAAUUUUUGCUUCAAAAAUCUUAAUUAUAAGGGAGUUAACUCUUGUACUUCUAAUCCCUUUCAUUCCUUUUCGGUAAUUCUACGCUUGAUUACCUGUAUUUGGCGCUCACAUUCAUUGUUAAAAUUUAAGUCGCGGGGACGGUCGUCUAAUAUUUUUAUCCAUGUCGGAUUCGGGAGCUCGGCCGAAAACUUCGCAUUCGAAGAGGCCCUCGUCGCUGGACGAACAAAUUUCGGAGUUGGAACGUGAGGAGAAUAUUUUAAAAAGGGACUUGGAAUUGUUGAGCCCCAGACAGAAGCCUAUUCCGCAGGACAUUGAAUAUCUGAAGGAAGAAAGGGCUACCCUCCAACGUUUGGUUGGGGAUCGUCGUAAAUCUUCUGAGGCCAGGCGAUUAAGGCGUGACAUUGAAGAACUAAAAGGUCAACUUUCAGCGUUGGAAAUUUCAGAUACACGUGACCCCAUCUCCCCAUCCCGACCCAUGUUUGGACAUAGGGUUGCAGAAAAUAUUCAGCUGCUGCGUGCUUCAGAAUCGCUCAACCGCAAGGUGGGUUCAAAAAUGCCGCUUGAAGUUUUGAACAUUGUGGAAGGUAAUGUUAAACCAAAGAAAAUUAAAUCAGGAAAAUUUUCGAAAUGUACUGAUAUACAAGUUAAACGACCCCAAUUGUGGCCUCAUGCAUUUGUACCUAGCCAGUUAUGUAAACAGUCCGAGAUCGAGUACAAUGACUUAUCCAUGACUCAAUUUAUUGCGGGGUAUUGUUCAAUUUUAAUCCAUUUAUUUCAUGAAGGCUCGAGGAUUUCUUUGGAUGAAAUAGACCGCAGGAUUACACAUUUACGAUCUAUGAUGUGCUUUGCACAUGUUUAUCAAUGGAAGUGCAUUUUAAACAUGCAUCAAGAAAUAUUGCUGGACAUUGAAAGAGGCAAUCGUACAUGGCAGGAUAGUUUUGCAGACAUUGAAAGCCUGAAUCUGCUACUUGACCGGGGACCUGCCGUUCCCGCGACGCGCGCUUCCGGUCAGUCUGGUUUGUCACUUGGAUCGUCGGGAAAGCGAUCAUGGUUCUGCUCCUUGUAUCAGAAGGGUGAGUGCAAGAAAUCUUCACCUCACGCAGCUCGUAUUGGGUCGGAUUUACGAACGGUAAAACAUGUGUGUGCUAUUUGCUACAUGAAGGAUCGUGAACUGCGGGAACACCCGGAAUGUUCCAGUUGCUGUCCGCACAAGCAGGACUGACUAGAUAACUUGUGUCUUACGUCUGAGUUUUCCAGUGCAUUUUCGUCUGAUUCGUCUAUUAAUCAUUUGCUAGCGUCUGAUGUUUACCAUUCUGAGGUCUCUAGUUCGUCGCCGGACCCCGAGCCGAACGUUUUUCAUCGUUUUAAGAAGUCGGCUGUAGUAAAUAUCAUGGAAAACUCAGCAGUUGAAAACAGUGUAUCCAAGACUUUUGACGUCUCUGAUUCCGUUGAUCGUUGUCCUGAAUCGGAGGCUUCUACCUUGUGUGAUGUCACGUCGUUCACAUGUGAUGCAUAGGCAUUAAAGAUUGUGCAAAUACAUGACAUAGUGUACAAAUCAGGUGUGCCAAAUUUUAAAGGUGCAAGGAUUUCUUUAAAAACUGGUUGGAAUAUUGCUUAUUUACGUGAAGUUUUAUUUGAGUAUGACGAUUAUGAAAUAUGUGAUUUGCUUGAAUACGGAUUCCCUAUUGGCUAUUGCAAAACUGAUCUACCGGUUUCUGACCCUAUCAAUCAUAAAGGUGCGUUUCGUUUUUCUGAUCACGUCGAUAAACAUAUUGUCACGGAAAUGCAGCACGGGGCUAUGAUAGGACCAUUUAAGGAGAAUCCAUUGUGCUGUGAUCUGUGCUUUUCUCCUCUUAAUACUGUGGAGAAGGAUGAACUUUCUAGAAGAGUUAUUGUGGACUUAAGCUGGCCAGAUUUGACAUCUGUCAAUAGUGGAUUUUUUAAAGACUUUUAUCUCGGCGAAGAGGUUACGUUAACGUACCCGACUGUGGAUUCAUUAGUUAACAUUGUGCUAGAUUGCGGAUGCGGUGCUCUUAUGUUCAAGUCAGACUUAUCUCGUGCAUAUAGGCAAAUAUUUGUUGACCCUGGAGAUAUUCAUUUUCUAGCAGUACAUUGGCGUGAUAAGAUAUAUAUAUUGACUGUGCAUUACCUUCUGGAUUGUGUUCGGCAGCGUAUAUUUGCCAACCUGUAACCAACAUGAUACGUUACAUCUUGACGUUACAGCAAGUCACUACGGUCAACUAUCUGGACGAUUUCGGUGGCGCUGAUACUCCUAAACGUGCCGCUCGGUCAUUUGCUGUUUUGUCCGAGACAUUGGAACGCGUCGGCGCCCAGGAGAACAUCAAGAAGGCAUGUUUCCCUUCGACAAUCAUGGUAUUUCUUGGAAUCCGAUUCUGAGCUCAUGGAGCUUCGCAUCACCAAGGAAAGGUUAUACGAGAUCCGCAACCUACUUCCGGUUUGGAUGCAUCUGAAAUACGCCUCCAAGUGCCAACUGCAAUCUUUGUUAGGGAAAUUGCAAUUCGUCGGUAAAUGUGUUAAGCCUAGUCGUGUGUUUAUUUCACGCAUACUUAUGCUUUUACGUGGUCUCAACUUGAAAACUCCUAAAGUGAGAUUAAAUUCGGAAUUCAGAAAGGAUAUAGUGUGGUGGAUAAAUUUCAUGGAAAUAUACAAUGGUGUUUCUAUGAUAAAAACCGAAGACUGGUCUGAUCCUGAUGUUGUGUUUGCAAGUGAAGCGUGUUUGUCCGGAUGUGGUGUCUUCAAGAGAGCGGAGAGUAUUUUCAUAGCAUGUUCCCUGAAUUCAUGUUAAAGAUGUGCUCUAACAUAGCCCAGUUCGAAAUGUACUGCAUAGUUGUUGCGUUAAAAUUGUGGUCGAGUAAAUUGAUGGGUAGAAAGAUUUCUAUCUUUUGUGAUAAUGAAGCAGUGUGUUGUGUGUUGAAUUCUGGUAAAACCAAAGAUCCAGUGUUACUUCAAUGUUUGCGAGAGGUGGCUUUCCUCGCUUGUACUCGCGAGUUCGAAAUUCGUGCCAUUCACCUGACUUCUGCGGACAACAGACUCGCGGAUCUACUAAGCCGUUGGCACAUUGAUGCACACUAUAAGGCUCAGUUUCUUAAAGAAACUUCCACAUUGAAUACAACGGAUAUUAACGUGAAUGAAUCAUUGUUCAUAUUUGAGAAUAGAUGGUGAUGCGUGUAUUGCAUCUAUAGACUUUAUUCACUUGUACUGGUGUAUGAGGCAACUGUUGAUUUUAGUUUGUUUACAUUAUCAGUAUUGCUUAUUUCUAUUUGAAAUAUUGUAUUUGUCAAAUAUAGCUACAUUACAUUUGAUAGACUUAAUACAUUUCUCGUUUCUAGUUUUAUGCAUUUAGUUAUUUAAUUUGUUUGUUUUUUGUUCCGUGUGAAUCCCAAAACGUUUCUUUAAUAGUAUUUUUUUUUGUCAUUAUCAGAUGUUGCUGACGAAGAUACAAGUGGCCUUUGUUGUCUCCGUCGUCAGUUAAAAGUUACUCAGAAUUCAGCUUUUGCUAUUGGAUCUUACAAAAAUCUUAAAACGCAAAUUCGUUCCUUUUUAUUGUUUUGUGAAUAUUAUGACCAAAAUGACUGUCCUGUAUCUGUAGAAACAUUGUGCUUGUACGCUCAGUUUUUAAGUAGAAGUAUGAAGUCUGUACAAUCUAUCAAAAAUUAUAUUAAUGGUGUACGUUUAUAUCACAUUUUCAGGGGAUUUGUAUCUCCCGAUAUUUCUAAUAUUUCUUUACAGAUGACUUUUAGAGGUCUAGCUAAGCUUUUGUUUCAUUCUCCGCAUCAGGCACCUCCGAUUACGCCUGAUAUAUUGUUAAAAAUCAGAGACGUUAUUGAUAUAGAAAUUCCUUUUUACGCCACAGUUUGGUGUGUUCUUUUAUUUGCUUUUUAUAUGAUGUGUAGAAAAUCGAGUAUUGUGCCCCCUACAAAAUUGUCUUUUGAUGGCACUAAAUAUUUAUGUCGCAAUGAUGUGACCUUGUCCGAUUUUGGUAUUUUUGUUAGCCUUAAAUACGCCAAGACAAAUCAAUUUGGAGACAAGAAUUUUGUUUUACCGAUUUAUAAGAAUGACAAAUCUCCGCUAUGUCCAGUUGCCGCUGAUAGUAAUAUGUGUAAUCUAAAUCCAGCAAACUCUUUAGAUCCUUUGUUUUGUGUCGAAGAGUCUCAUUCUUUAGUUCCGCUUGACGCAAGCAAGCUUGACAGAACUUUUAAACGCAUCAUGAAACUCACUUCGGUGUGUGGAUCCUCUGAGUAUACCUUACAUUCUUUUAGAAGAGGAGGUGCUUCUUUUUACUUUAAGUGUGGAGUUCCUGGUGAACUUGUUCAAUUAUUUGGCAACUGGAAGUCGGACUGCUAUUUACGUUAUUUACGUUUUUCUGACGAAUCUUUGAUUCAGGCCGCUAGACAUGUAGCUCUGUCAAUUUAAUUAUUUAUUUUUUUGGCCGAGUUUUUUGUUUUGGGUGAUUUGGCUGCUAUUGUUCUGUAUCAUAUGUGUGAAAUAAUUAUGCAGCCUUUUUUCGGCCAAAUAAAAUAUGUUUUCAUAUCAUGUGUUUUAAAUAUUCCCGACAUAAUUUGCAAUUUUUGUUUCAAAAAUCUUAAUUAUAAGGGAGUUAACUCUUGUACCUCUAAUCCCUUUCAUUCCUUUUCGGUAAUUCUACGCUUGAUUACCUGUAUUUGGCGCUCACAUUCAUUGUUAAAAUUUAAGUCGCGGGGACGGUCGUCUAAUAUUUUUAAAAGGCUUUAUAAUGUUAUUCACAUAUAUUCUUUAUGUUGUGUGUAUGUAUAUGUAUGAGCUACUCUUAAUUUAAUGUUGAAAUAAAUAUAUAUUAUA